AUGGUGGAGAUUAAUAGUGAGACGGACUUUGUAGCCAAGAAUGACAAAUUUCACCUCCUGGUGAAUAGCGUGGCCGAUGCAGUAAUCCGCUCCUCAAGAACUUCACCAGAUGUCGUAAAAAUGACACUGGAUACGAAUGCAUUGGCAAAUGUACACGUUCAUGGUGUCGCAGUGGCCCAAAAAGUGCCCGAACUGGUCGGCAUCGUUGGUGAAAACGUCGUGGCCCACCGUGCCGUGCAGUUUCAGCUCAAGGAAGGCACAAUCUGUAGCUACUUACAUAAUGUAGUCACACCUGGACUUGGACAUGCUGGUGCGCUGGUGGCACUGCAAUUCCCGGGCAAGACAGUGUCGGCCGAGCAGAUGGCUCGCAUUAAGGAAUUAGGUCACCGUUUGGCCAUGCACGUUGUCGCCGCUAAGCCGCGUUUUCUGUCGCGUGAGACCGUUCCGCCGGCACUUGUGGAGAAGGAACGCACGUUUAUAGCUGACCAGAUCCAGAACUUGGGCAAGCCAGCGCAUAUUAUGGCCAAGAUGACUGAAGGUCGUUUAAACAAGUUUUUCGGCGAGUUCACGCUGCUUGAGCAAGAGCACUUUAUCGAAGAAGGCAGCCCUAAAGUAGGCGCUUUUGUAGCAGAAGAGGCUGCAAAGUUGGGGGUCGACGUUUCAGUGACGGCGUUCGAGCGCUUUGAGGUUGGUGAGAAAAAGGAGGAAUAG